AUGUCGCCAACCACAUUUCCCUCAACUUCGUUAUGCCCGGGGUAUAAACAUGUCCAAGAAUUUGGACCUGAUGACGAAUAUGAAGAAGGAGAAGUCGAGUAUGUGACUGUUGCACUGGAAGGUGCUGAACCUUCUCUCAUAUCCAGUAGCGAACACAUGAGGCUCAUCGGACUCGACACACCCACACCUUUCAUGCAGCUCUCGGGGACCAUACUCAAAGGACAACAUGACAUGUUAAUUGGGAGUGAACUACUUUUCACGGAGAAGAAAGAUGAACAAGACCGGUCUAAACGUCACUUAGUCUAUAUUGGUUCGACGUCUCAACGUCUCCAUUUCAAAGAGGUCCAACUACGAUCCAAAGUCGCUUCAGAGGGAGCUGCUGUCGGAGUUGAUGCCGAUCGUGGAAACGAUGAGAAUACGACGUCAAAGGUUUCGAAAGCCGCUGGGACUGGCGAAGGAAGCAAAAAAGCGCGAACGCCGAGGAAAAGCCGGAAAGACCGCACAAAGGAGCUAGAUGGGGAGGGUGAGGCAGGAGAGACCGAGGAUCCUAAUGCACCAAGACCUAUGAGACGGUCGGGAAGGAAAAACGCAAAGCGUAAACGAGGACAUGAUGAGGAUGAUGCAGACGAAUCAUAG